AUGGCUGCACUUCCAGGGUUUGGAAACUACCUCAGUCAUCCAGAUGGGGCUCUUGAUGUAGCCCUUGAUCAAAGCCUAGGGCGUCAUCUGAAGCCCACCCCGGCCCAUCUCUCUCGCAUCAUUCACGUUCCAGAGCAUCAAGAUGUUACCUCUCAUCUCCCACUAUACGAUAUAACAGAGACCUAUGCCAAGGCCGUAAAAACAGAGUUCAUCGGAAGCAACAAGUACAGGCUGAGAUUGGCUAUGAUAAAGAGACAAAACGGAGACGGCACCGGCGCAGACGUCCGCUAUCUAGUCAAUUUUGAGAGUCGCUCCUCCAAGACGGACGUGACUGUCGAGAGGAGAGUCCUAGGCCGCAACGGAGAGAUAGUCAAGAUGUACGUUUUGUGCAAGGCGGGGAAGAUGCAUUUGAGUUGGUUACAAGGUCUAAGGCAUUGCAGGCAUUUACCUCGCGAGGGCGACCGUGGCUUUCAUCUCACCUCGCUCAACACGGCGCAAGCCAUAGAGCUUUUCGUCGCGACCUCGUUUCCUGUACCAGACAGUAAGAUGUACAUGGGUGCAAUCCCAGUGCGACACCCAUGGUUCACUAUCUCGCAUACGUUGCCAGAUGGAGCAGUCACAGUGCCCUCCAACCUCGAAUGGCAAGUUCUCCCAAAAGAGCUCGGAACAUUACGAUACACACUCGUGGACACGGCCGAGGUUGCCGAGAACGGCGAGCCAGUCAUACAUGCCGUCUAUCACCAUGUUGGAAUCGCUUGUGGCCUGCCAAGCGAAUACAGCGAGGGGGUAUUGUUGCUCUCGGGGAAUCUCAAUGGCGAAGCCGAGGCGUUGGCUGUGGCCACUCUUCUUGGACUGCUCCGACAGGUUCGGUCCAUCAACCAGCCUCCUCCGAGACCAAGUAAGAAGUCGUUUGUCAAGCGAGUCCUGGGCAAGAUAUGA